UUCUGUCACUUGAUCCUUCAGAAAAUCCAUGUUGUCUACGAAAUCAAAUUUAUUACAGUAUAAUGUUCACUUUCAUACUCAUUCAUUACAUUUCGAUCACUUAUUCACUUGCUUCGAACAUAAAAAAAUAACUGAACUAGGGAUGUGUUGAGUUUCCCUUGAAAUCGCGUUAUUCUAUUCGAGAUGAAAAAACGCAUUUUCUUUUAAAAAUGUUGACUAAAUGUUUUUUUAUAAAUUUCUAUCGAGAUUGAAUACACGUGCGAAAAGUAGGCGCUUAAUGUGUGCGGCAUCGCGUCGUUUUUUUCUAUAGAGUGAACCGCAUGAUAGGAUUAUUAUGAUUGUUCCCGUAAUUAAUGAUAUUCUAUUUAUGUAAGUUAUUUUAAACUUAUAAAUUUAUGUUUAAUGGUAUAAUUUUUUUGGUGAAAAUACAAAUCAUGUUAACGCGAAUGAAAAUAUAUUUGUUUGACUGUUGUGUUUGUGGGUAGUUUUUCAAAUACUUUUAAAUAUUUUAAUGAAGGAUUUUGUCAUCUACAUGACCACUACUCUAAUCAAUCCAGUAACUAAAAAAUAUUUUUGUCACGUGUCAGCAAAAUUAUUCGUAGUUGUUCGUAGAACCAAACAUUCUUUAUUAUAGCUUGUGUGGCAGUUAUAUGCUUUGUUAUGUGUUGAAGUGUUAAUGCAAUUGAAAGAACUGGGUGAACGUUCGUUGUUCAAGUCGACGAACAGCAUCUUAAACGCUUCGUAAGAUUGACAGUAUCUCUCAAUAAAUACAUCUCAAUUCUUCUCUAUUGUUGCUUUAAAUUCAAUGAUAAGUAUCUCUCUCUCUAUAUAUAUAUAUAUUAUGUAACGUCCAUAAAGUAGAAAAUCAAAUAUUUAUAAAGUAAGUUUUAAAACGAAAGUUUUCUAAUACGUUCGACGUUUAAUAAAUUAUUAUUAUUUCGUAUCAGAUAUCGAAGGCAAUUCCAGUGAUAAAGAAAGAUACGAGAAUUAUAAUAAAAGCAACACGUGCUUGUGAAAUUUUCCAAAACAAAAUUGUACGAGGGCCGAAUUUUCGAAGAGCUUAUUCAAAAAGAAAACGAUCAAGUCGAAUAAAAUGCCUGGCCAAUUAGAAGAGAUUCAAACGAAACGUGCAACUUUCGGAAUGGGCUGCUUCUGGGCAGGUGAUUGCCUCUUUGGAGUUCUACCAGGUGUGAUUAGAACCUGUGUAGGCUAUGCUGGUGGGCAAAAAGAAUUUCCAACCUAUAGAAAUUUAGGUGACCACACAGAAGUCGUUGAUAUCGAGUAUAAUCCCGAUGUAAUAUCGUAUUCGCAGUUACUCUCACUCUUCUGGGAGAACCACGAAUACGGACUUACUAAAAAAAUCAAGAGGCAGUACAUGUCGCUGAUUUUGUAUCACGACGAUGAACAGAAAUUGCUGGCCGAGAAGUCGCGAGAACAAGAACAACGGAAACGAACGGACCUAAUUCUUACCGAAGUUAGAAAAUUUGAAAAAUUCUACUCCGCCGAAGACUAUCAUCAAAAGUAUCGACUUAGAAAUCAUCCAUGGUUAAUCGAAACUACCGGUCUCACUAGCGAUGAAACUCUUAAAACUUCUCCUUUGGCUGCAAAAUUGAAUGGUUACUUAGCUGGCGCCGGAACAAUCGAACAAUUUGAAAAAGAAUUGCCAAAGCUUGGCUUGAGCGAAAAAGCAUCUCGUUAUUUGCAAAAGUAUGUGAUCGAAAAUCAAGGAAAUGGUUUAUACUGCUAGCUAAAAUUAGAGGUGCGUUAAUUU